UGCCGGGCCGCAGAGGUCAAAGUCUGGCUCGAGACCUCGGACGGAUUCAGCAUCCUCAAAGAGGCCUUCGACCAGACCAGCAGGUUUGCUCGUCUGGAGAAGCUGCUGGUGGGUUUAGCCGGGAGGAACUUGUACAUUCGCUUCCAGUCUCAGACGGGGGACGCCAUGGGCAUGAACAUGCUCUCCAAGGGUACGGAGCAGGCUCUGCUCACGCUGCAGCAGCAGCAUCCCGACGUCGAGGUGCUGUCGGUCAGCGGAAACUACUGCACCGACAAGAAGUCCGCCGCCGUGAACUGGAUCCUGGGUCGGGGGAAGUCUGCCGUGUGCGAGGCCACCGUCCCCGCCAAGGUGGUCCGAGAGGUGCUGAAAACCAGCUCGGCCGCUCUGAUCGAGCUGAACGUCAAUAAGAACCUGGUGGGCUCGGCUAUGGCCGGCAGCAUCGGGGGCUUUAACGCUCACGCCGCCAACAUCGUAGCGGCCAUCUACAUCGCCUGUGGACAGGACCCGGCUCAGACGGUGGGGAGCUCGAACUGCAUCACUCAGAUGGAGCCCGCCGGUCCGGAGGGGGAGGAUCUGUACAUCAGCUGCACCAUGCCGAGCAUCGAGCUGGGAACUGUGGGAGGAGGCACCAACCUGGCGCCUCAGCAGGCCUGUCUGCAGGUAACA